AUGGCGUACAAGAGAUCCUCUGUCCUCGUCGGACUGCCCGACCAGGAUCGAGGCUGGGAGGAAGUGCAGGCAAAGACAUUCACAAAAUGGCUCAACACCAAACUCGAGUCGAGACAGAUUACGCCCAUGCGAUCACUUACAACCGAUCUCUCAGAUGGAGUCAAAUUGGUGCAGCUCAUGGAGAUCAUGGGCGAUACCACGCUCGGUCGUUUCUACAUGAAUCCGCGCAUGCGUGUUCAAAAGGCUGAAAAUGUCAACCUGGCCCUCGAGUUUAUCAAAAGUCGCGGUGUCGUCCUUACAAACGUAGGCGCAGAGGAUAUUGUUGAUGGCAACCUCAAGCUCAUCCUCGGCAUGAUCUGGACCCUCAUUCUGCGCUUCACCAUUGCUGAUAUCAGCGAGGAGGGAGUCACUGCCAAAGAGGGUCUCCUAUUGUGGUGCCAACGAAAGACAGCUCCUUACCAAGAGGUCGACGUCACCAAUUUUACCACCUCCUUCAAGGAUGGCCUUGCACUCUGCGCCUUAAUUCAUCGCCACCGCCCCGACUUGCUCAACUACGAUGCUCUGCCCAAAAAUGAUCCUCACGCCUGCACUCGAACCGCUUUUCAAGUCGCCGAAGAGCACCUCGGCAUUCCUCAAUUGCUCGACGUCGAGGAUCUAUGCGAUCGGCCGAAACCAGACGAGCGCAGUGUCAUGACCUACGUCGCCCAAUACUUCCACGCUUUUAGUUCCAUGGAGCAGGCCGAGGUGGUCAGCCGUCGUGUUGCUACCUUUGCCGACGUCAUGCAAGGUGCAUGGGUGAUGCAACAGGACUACGAACGCAGAGCACGUCAGCUUGUGGACAGCAUGUCCAGUCUCCAGAGCAGAUGGGUCGCAGCGACAUUCGCAGGCACCUACGCCGACGCAAGAGCGCAGCUUACUCAUUUCAACGAGUACAAGAUCGGCGUCAAGCGCGAGCUAGUCCGCGAAAGGACCGACUUGGCAGCGCUCCUCGGCAACAUCCAGACAAAACUCAAGACAUAUCAUCUGCCCGAAUGGCUCCCACAGCAAGGCCUCAGGCAGGCCGACCUCGAAGUUGCAUGGUCCACGCUUGCACUGGCCGAAGCACGCCGCAGUCGAUCCAUCAAUGCUGAGAUCCGCAAUGCCAAGGAAAGCCUCCGGAUCAAGUUUGCCGAGGCGGCCAACGAGUUUGAGCGACAGCUUCGCGAGUUGGCAGGCGGCAUCGCCACGCUCGAGGGCGACUUGGAAGCCCAGCUCGAGGUGGUCAAGAACCUGCUCGCGCAGCUCGAUCCCAUCAAAGAGCGACUCACCCUCAUCACCACGCUCGAACAGGAAUGCACCGACGCCAAGGUGGAGGAGAACGACCAUACCAUCUUCACACUCAGUGACCUCGCCUUUGAAUGGGAGCUGGUACGAGCAAGCGUCUCCAAGAAGCUGGCUUUCAUCGAGAACCAGAUCGUCUCGCGCCAGCACACCAAUCUCACGCCUGCACAGCUCGAAGAGUUCGAGUCCACCUUCCGUUACUUUGAUAAGGAUGCUUCCAACACGCUGACCGUCCCGGAGCUCGGCGCAGCUCUUGCUAGCUUGGGCAUCAUCUACACCGAGGACGACAUCGAACAGAUCCACUUGCAGCUGUGCGAGACAUUUGGCGCAGUCUCGUACGAUGCGUUCCUUACCUUCUUACGCGAGAUUACCGAAGACACCACCUCUCCAGAUCAACUUCUCGAGGCGUUCCAGGGCCUGGCUGGCGACAAGCCCUACGUCACCGAACUCGAUCUGCGUCUGGCACUGCUGCCUCAGGGCUCCAUCGACUACCUCAAAGCUGCAAUGCCUCAGGUGCGUGUCGAAGGCGUGGAUGAUGCCGUGUAUGACUACGAGGGCUACCUGACCGGCCUGUUUGGCGUGGCGCAGGCCUGA